AUGUCUCGCGGACCCCAAGCUCGUCGUCGCUCGCCAUCGCUCUGCUCCGUUUCUUCGGCCGAGAGCUCGUGGAGCGACCUCGACGGCACCACCACGGGCACCGCCGCCGCCGCCGCCGCCCCGGCCGUCGCCGUCGCCAACUGCCACCGGUGCCCGUCCCCAGAAUGCCCGCUGCUCCGCCAUCGCCAAAACAGCGUCUCGUCUGUCCGCAGCUGCGAGGACAUGAGCGCCGACAAGACGCAGCAGCUCUGGCUCUGCAUGCUGGCGCUGCAGCAGCGCUACGCCUGCUACAACUCGACCCGCAUCGACCUCGCGCUUGGCGCGGGCGAGCAGGCUGUCAAUUUCAUGCCGAAUCGCUUCAUCAUCGACACACUUAAUAACUCCCUCCGCGAUCUGCCCGACGAGGGCUGGGAUCAGCUCUACAGCUGUCUCGAGGACCAGGGAGCGACGGAAAAGCCAAAGUCGAAGCGCAAGUUCUGGUCCAAGGCUUAG